AUGCAAAGUUUCCGGAAGCAACGAGAACUUCAGCAGCCCAAUGCCGCUGCCGAGAACAGCGUUCCGGGCGUCCCCAUGGCGGAGCUGCCUGCUGCUGUCUCGCAGAACACACUGCCUCCGUUGAGGCCCUCCCGGUCAGCAUCGGCCUUUGCGGCGGGCAGCACCUCCACCGCAGAUAGUGCCGCAACCGUGACACCCGUAGGGGACCAAUUGACCUUGUUGCGCAGAAAAAGCUCCGCCGCGCAGGCGAAAAGUGGCUUUGUAAUUGCUUUCGAAAGGGUGUCCUUUGAAGGAAGGCCUUCUCUAUUUCGUCGCCCGCGAUCUCUAUUGCGAGACGUCUCUGGAUACCUCCUUCCUGGCAGUGUUACGGUUGUGUUGUGCGCUAACGCAAAGUGUUCCCGCAAACUGCUUGAAGUGUUAGUGGGCGUUGAGGAACGGGCGUCUGGCUCAGCGAUGGCGAAUGGGCUUCCCUUGGUGUCGACUGCGUUUCGCAGGCGCGUUGCCUUCAUCACCUCCACGGAGGUGUGCUUGAGAGACGUCACGGUGCGUAGCAGUCUUCUCUUCUCCGUGCGUAUGCGGGUGGAAACUCUGGAGGAGGAUCGCAUUGUGAAGGAAGUCGCGCAGGCUGUGCAUCUGGAGCACUUGCUUGACGUGAAGGCCGAGAAACUGAGCCCCGCGCAGCUGUAUCAGCUCACGCUGGGCAUGGAGCUCGUGCGGAACCCGAGGCUCUUGGCCUUGCACAUGCCCAUGCGGAAGAUCCCUACUGCGGAGGUGCACGGCUUUGCCGCCGUGCUGCAGGGCUUGGCUGGGGAUAGUGGGCGGGUGAUUGUCGUGUCUGCGACGGAGCUGUGCCGUGCGCUCUUUGAAGUUGCGGAGAACGUCUUGCUUCUCAGCUCGCAGGGUCACCUGCUCUACUCGGGCGCAAAGGCUGGGGUGGAGGAGUUUCUGCGAGAGCAGCCGUAUAUCCAGCGCACGGGCGAUGAAACUCUUGGGGAGCUGCUAGUGACCCUCGACGAGAAAGCGGACGCGGCACGCGUGGCGGACGCAUUCGCAGCCAGCGCCACCUGCCGCCGCAUCCAACACCACGUCAAGGAGCAUCGGAAAAGUAUCGCGUCCAACGCUUUUGACCCUGUCCCACGCGUCGCUGCGCCGGCGCCGAGUUAUUUUCUCAAGUGGUACCUGCUCACAGCGCACACCUGCCGCCGCGCCACGAUUGGGCACCGGAGUUUUCUCCUUUCUUGGGCCAUUCUCUUCUUAUUGUUCUUCCUCCUCGCCUCCCUGAUGGCGGGAUCCGGCAGCGACCAAAAUGCGAUGCAGAACAAAAGAGGGGUUGUCUUUUUUCUUGUCUCCUGUUCGAUGCAGGUGAACACGAUCCUAGUCGACGCGGAGGUGCGAGAGUUUUAUUCGGCCGUGCACCUUCGCAACAACAAUUAUUUCGACACCCUACAGUACUUCACGGCAACGGUGCUUCGUCUCGUUCUUACCCGGGCUGCCUUUGUGCUAAUCGCAGCCGGCUGCACGGCCUUCAUACUGGCCUCCUGCUUUUCAUUGGCCCUGACAAUGGGCCUAACUAGCCUCGCGCAUGCCUCCCUAACGUUACUGCUUGUGUAUUGGCACCCCGUUGAGCAGGAUCUGUGGCUCAUUCAGAACAUCUACUACGUCUACUGUAUCAUACUGAGCGGCUUUCUCAUUUGCCUUCCGACGGUGCCGAAGAUUUUUCCAGCCCUCUCUUUGCUGCGGUACGCCUACGGCGGCGUGGUGGCGUCGGAGCUGCGCGGCAACCCGUAUUCGUGUGACACCGAAGGGCGGCAUUCGUAUUGCUACACGGGGGACCAGUACUUGGCGAUGGAGGGAUUUUCCCAUGACAGCUGGGGGAAGUCGUCGCUGAUUCUCUUCAUCGUCACUCUGGUGCUGCUUGCGCUCGUCGCUGUGAGUAUGAAUAUCGUCUGGGUGCCACGCAGGCGCUGGAGCAGAUGA